CCAAUCAUUAUAACAACAAUAACAAUGGAUGGACCAAUGGAGAUAAAGUUGACUCAUGACCAGGAGGCAUUCUUUAAGCAACAAUUGCUAAAGUACUCUGUGAUGGAGGAGAUCACAAUGUACUUUGCCGAUGCAGAGGCACUCAAUCAGACAUUGUUCCUGAGAUUCCUGUUCAAUCAAUUGACAUCGAUACCACUGCUGACACACAAGGAGCAGGCAAAGAUUAAGUUCCGUCAACUGAUUCACACUCUGCCAAAGAUGAUCAUCCAGUCACAGAUGGCCUCCAAACAAGAGACUGGCGAUCAAUUCAGAAAGUUCGUGGUCAAGGUCUUUGACGUGGCCCUCAGGACACCCCAGGAGAAGGACUACGACAAGAAGCUCAAGCUGAUGGAUGACCCUGUCCUCGAGCAGGAGAUGAAGAACAGACAGAAGAGGCGCUACAACAGGAAGCCAAGUCAGCAGACACUCGACGACAAGGAGAAUGAUAUUGCCGAAGAGGAGAGAGAGAAGAAUCCAAAGGAUAUUGAGCGUGAUGAGUCAAUCGCCAAGCAUCAAAAGCGUCUCACUGAGUUGACGCACAUCAUCAUUAUGAACUUUGAGAAGAAGAGCAAGGAGGCACAGGGUAGCGAUGCACAGAAUGGCAUAUCUGGUCUGUUCAAUAUCGUACUCAAGACCAAGAACUUUAGAGACCUGCCGUCAGAAUUCACCGAGUUCACACUCACCUUGAUCAAGAUCAUGUCGCUGUGGAUGGAGCGUGAGUUGAGAGAUCCAAAGCAGUUGCAAAAGAUGAAGAAACUCUACACCAUCACACCGAUCAAGGCUAUUAGAGCAUCGUUGACCAUUGCCAAUCCAAUCACAUUGCUCAAGGGAUUCAUCGCACUGUUCCUUGCCAAGCCAUUUGGUGCCAGGAAUCUCAUUCAAACGUUCACAUCGGUGUUGGUCGAGAGUGGCAAGACUGAGCAGAUAUUGAAGAAGGCACAGAAGGAUGCAGAGAUCUCACUCCAGUCACAUCCCAACAAGAAUGCCCGCAAGCUGCUAAUUGGCAAGAUGAAGGGAUUCGUAAUGAACAUCGACAAGAUACAAUCGUUCGACGGCAAACCAAUAGCAACCUUCAAGGAGGUGCCUGAGCCCAUACAGAUCAUGCAGUACCAGUGGCCAUCCAGUCCUUCGAUGGACCCAGACCUCAUCUCCACGCUGACCGAGGAGCACUUCACACUGUUGUUUGAGUAUGUCAAGAUGGAGAAGCGCAAGAAGGAGAAGGAUGACUUUAUCGAGGUGCUUGGCAAUGAGGAGAUGAUCGAGAUCAUCAGAGAGUUGUUGCCAGUGCUCUACGAACCACUGGGCAAGCUGUUCACAAAGGCGAACAUUGGAUAUCACUUUGAGCGAGUAGCGCAUUGCAUCAAGAAGAUCAUCACUGUGGCUGAGUUUGGUGAGCUCAAAGAGGAGGAUGAUCAAGAUCUGGACCUCCAACAAACUGCAACUGGUGCCAGCGAGGAAUAUGAUGACUAUAAUACGCCAGUACUUGCCAAGUCAGUUGGGAAUACACCUACCAUCGGGACUCCAGAUGUCGAUCAUGUACCAACCUCACAUUCACAGCCUCCAUCACCAGUCACCCACGACAAGAACAAGGGCAGCGGCAGCAACCUACUCAACAAGUUCAAUUGGCUCAAACCAUCCAAUUUAUUCUCACCAAAGUCAACAUCACCAACAUCUGGAUCACCUCAACAACAACAACCACAUUAUAACCAGCAACAGCAACAGUCACAACAACAACAGCAAGCAGGUAACUGUGCUGUGGAGGGAGGACCAGUGGAUAUCAAUGCAAAGGUCUUGAAGAAGAAGUUUAGAAAGGACAAGAGUGCGGCGAUCACAAUGCAGGAGAGAUUGGCAUUGUUUGAGGAUGUCAACUACAUAUUGAUGGAGAGGAUAUAUGAUAUGUUUCACGACUUGGUGUCAUCUGAUGCCAAACAGAAUGUAUCCAACAAUGGAUCGAUAUCAACUGGACUGCUGUCUCAAUCGGUCACUUGGCUACUUGGUCUACUGCAGUUCCUCAAGGAUGAAGAGGUUGAUGUAACAUCAGAGAUAUUUGGACCACUGUCACCAUCGAUGAAGGAUAAGGUGUUGCCAGAGUUGGACAAAGUCAUCGAGUACCAGAAGUAUAGGAUCGAGCAGAGGAACAUUGAGAGACGUGUAAAGGAGGAGAAGGAGGCUGCUGAGCGUGAGCUCAAGAAGAAGAAGCAAGAGAAGGAGCAAAAGAAGUCAAAGAAGUUGUUCUCACCAUCUACCUCAUCGCCAACACUCGAUAUGGAUGGCCAUGGUGAGGAGAAUGUAGAGGAAAAGAAUGGUCCAGAGAAGCCAAAGGUUGAGUACCUACCUCAGAUGACGGGUCCAUUCAUUGAGUUGGUCAAGACCAAGCUCGACAAGUUGGGUGAUCCAACCAAGUACUCAGUGUCCAUGCUGUCCAGGAAGACAUCGACAUUCACCACCAACAUGGAUGUCAAGUCGCCAGAGCAGAACAAUGUUGCAUCGAUGGCAACCAGCUCCAGUCAUAGUGGACCACCACUGGUUGAGCUACAG